CAUAUCCAUCCAAGCCGUUAUUGUUGUUAUCGUUGAGGCCAUGGGCCCACUAUCGCCGCUAUGUACUAGUGCUGCAAGUUAUGGUCUUGGUCAGCAACGAAUGGCAGAGCAAUAAGGAUGACGAGCAGAAGCCAAACGCGGCAGCAGCAGCAUCAGCAGCAGCGAUAGCAACGACAACGACAACUGCAACAGCUGCAGUUGCAGCCGCUGUGAACAACGUAACGGACCAAGAGCUAACCGCCAGACCAGUAGCUGUUGCCAGUGGAGUCGUGGGUGAGCUGUCCAAGCGCCAGCAGCGCAUCAAUAAGAAGGCACACAACAAAAUGGAGCUCAGCAAGAAGGCUGAGCAGGAGCACCAGCAGCACCAGCAGCAGCAACAGCAACUUUUGCUAAUGCGCGAAAAGCACGAGUCCGAGACGUGUGAGCUGCCCACAGAGAACAGCAACAACAGCAGCAGCAACAACAUCAACAACAGCAUAUUAAACAGUAACGAUGCCAACGACAAUCUGGAGAAUCAGGAGAACAAUAAUACGAGUGCAACAGAGAGCUGUGAUUCCAAUACGAACACACUAUUGCAGGGCCAGCUGGCACAGAAGCAGGCGCAGUUGCAACUGGCUAUGAAUUCGGUGCUUAAUGCCAAUAAUACGACGAGCGGCAAUCUAUUCAGCUCGAUGGGUGCCUUACAAUUGCCUAAUGAGACAGUGGCCAAUACGCUGCUCAACACACAGGAUAUGUCGCCGGGUGAGGCAAAGAUUGUCCUGCAAUGCGAGGGUAAAUCGCACAAAUUCGAGACACGCAACAUUUUGCUGGCUCCCAACCAGGAAUGCAAAGUGGGCCGUUUGAUUGCCAAGAGCAAGGCGAGCGAGAGCAAUGCCAUAUUUGAUUGCAAGGUGUUGUCGCGCAAUCAUGCCAUGCUGUGGUAUACGCCCGACGGACGUUUUUGGGUUAAGGAUACCAAAUCCAGCAAUGGCACCUUCAUCAACGACAACAAGCUGGGCAAUGAGCCAGCCGAGCUGCACUAUGGUGACACCGUCAAGUUCGGCGUUGAGGUUAUUGAGAAUUCACGCCAGGAAGUCCAUGGCUGUAUCAUUGCGCGCGUGACACUGUUUCUCCCAGACGGUCGCGAGGCCAUUUCAAUAGAGUCUGAACAGCUGCAGCUGACGGGACCAAAUCGGAUCAGUUAUGAUGAAAUACAACGACUCAAUGCAUUUUUACAGGAGGCCUCACAGCGCGAGAAGAUGCUCAAAGCCAAGCUGAGCAGUUUACAGGGCGUUAUUGAUUCCACGCGUAAAAACGCGGCCUUGUGCUGGCAGAGCAUGAUAACCGAGGAUCAGCUCUUGCACAAGAUCAAUCUGCUCGAGAAAAAGCUUCAAAUGAUGGAAAAGAAUGUGCCCGAAAAUGCGUUACGUAACGAGGUUGUUAAGUUGCUUGAGGAUAAGACCUCGUAUCAGCUAACUGCCAAAGAGGCGCUGCGCAAGGUCUACCAAGAUCGCUGCGAUGCCAUGGAAAUGCUGUCAAAAAUGGAGAUGGCGUACACAACCUCGGAUAACGAGUGCGGCAUAUUGCGCGCCCAGAUAUUAAGCUCGAAGCAGACACUACAGGAUUUCAAUACACGUCUGGAUCAGCUGCAGCAGGAGUACACGGAAUAUAAGCAGGAAACGCUGCACCAGCAGCAAGAGGCUAAAGAACAGGAGGAGCAACGGCUAGGGCAGCUCAAGGAGCAGCUAAUUGCUCAGGAGAGCGAAAUGGAGCAGAUGCGCCAACAGCUGCUGCAACUGCGGCAAACGAUUGCUGAUCAAAACAGCGAACAGGCGCUGCAGCAGCAACAGACGCUGGAGCAACUGAAUGCUGCCAUCGGGGUCGGUGAUGACGAUGAUGAUGACGAAGACGACGAGGAUGACGACAACGAUGACAAUGACGACGACGACGACGACGACGAGGAAAAGGAAGCUGGCGAUCAUGAUAAUGGCGCUGAUAAUAAGGACGAAUAUCAGGUAGAUAAAGGAGGUGCACAGCUCGGCGAGACGUCCGAGCUGCUCGACAAGGAACAGACUACACCAAGCAAACGUAAAUCUUGUAAGAAGAGCAAGCGGCAACAGAAGGAGGAAUUCGAUUUAAAGCACAAGGUGGUACGCAAAGACACCAUGCUGAAGUGGCUCAAGAACUCGGAUCUCAAGGGCGCGGAUGGUGGCGAUGUAUUAAAAGCCAUAUUUAAUGCUGCCGACUCCGGCGACGAGGAGGUCGAACAGAAACCGCCUUCGACUGACUCAUCACCAACGGGGGGCACCGCAGCUGAGACGGCAUUCGAUGAGUUUGUACACAAAUCGCCCAAGCACGCACGCCUCAAUGGCAUCGAUGAGGCGGCCGAGGAGUCGUCCAUCCAUAAACUGGAAACACAGCAAACGCUGGUGCGCAACGAUGAGACCGUGGAUGAAGAUUUGCCGCACGACCAAGCAAUGGAUAUGCUGCACGAAGAGUGUCUAUUCUAUAAGCAAAGAUCGGCUACACUGGCCAGCGACAUUAGCAUUCUGGAGGAGGAAAUGAAUAAGCUUAAACAGCAGCUGCUGGAGCAGCAGCUGGAACAACCACAACCUCGCAGUUCUAGUGGUGCAGAGGAGAAACUCGAUGAUCUCGUAACCGAUGAACUGGAGCCGCUGCUGCCGAAUGAUAGCAAGGAAAUUGAUGGCGAGCUAUCGAGUUGGCGCGAGGAACUGAAGACCAUGAAUGAUGCGCAAGUGGAGCGAGAAGAGGAGCUAAUCGUGUACAAGGAACGCCUGGAGCAAUCGGAAAAUAGCAAUCUGGAAUUGCGCAACGAGAUCACAAAGCUGCGCCUUAAACAGCCGUUGGCCUAUGACCAUCAGGUCUUCUUUCGUCGUGCCCUGCCGUUGUGCUGUGUUGCGCUGGCUGCGAUCAUCUACUUUCUGUCCAUUCGCGUUUAACACACUCAAACAACAGCAAACGUCGUACCUAAAGCAGAACGAGAUUCAACAAGCAUAUAUAUACUAUAUACAUCUUGUGGGGUGGGGGCAUGCGGGGGCGUGUUGGAAGUGUGCUAUGCAAAUAUGGAAAUGGAUGUAAAGUAUGCAAAUCGGAUGGACGCAGUUAUACAGUUACAAUAUUUAUAUAUCAUAUAUAUACAUAUAUAUAUAUAUAUAUACUUCUACCUUUAUAAUCGAGCUUUACUCGCCAUUUUCUAUUCUGUUCUUUCCCACAAUUCUUUUUGGACCGCAAAAUUUUUAGUUGUAAAUUUAAAUUGAAACGAACAAAACAAACAAAAAUAAUGGAAUAUAACGCCUCCCAAAUACACUCGCACACACAUACGAGGUUAGUUAAUUCUGAAGUAAUUAUAUUUAAAUUCACCCGAAUGCUUUUGAUAACAAACUCUUUUUGAUGGUGCGAUCUAAGCAUGAGAUACCUUCGAAUUGUGUACAAAUUUAGGAGAGCAGUGGCGCUAGAAAUCGGCUGGCGGCGGAUUAUUAAGUUUAGCAUUAAGUUGCAAUUAUUUACCAUUACCAGCUAUGUUUUAUGAAACUAUAUUUACGUAUGCUAAAUGUUGAUUUAUGUACCAUAAUUUAGUUGAUUUUAUAUCCGUCGUCUCAUUGUAAGCGAACGUGCGUGUAAACAUUUAUGUAUUCUGAAGUGAAACGAAACAAAAUUGAAAAAAUGCUUGCGAUAUCACAAACAAACAAAAAAAAAAAACACUCAAUGUAUGCAACAUAGAAAACAAAUACAAAUGAAUAAACACACAUAACGAAAU